CUACAAAAUAAUGCGACGUACAUUUUAACGUUCAAAAUGGCUGCGCCCAUGAAAUAGUGUUUACAUCGAAAUCAACAUUUUUCAAUGGUUGUUAAAUAUUUCCAAGACGCCGCUGACAAUAUGCCUGUAGUAGAUAGGAACACUUUGAAAAAUAUUUUUUUCGAGGAGGAUGACCUUCCCUUUGAAGAGGAUAUACUGAGAAAUCCGUUCACUGUAAAAUGUUGGCUAAGGUAUAUUGAGCACAAGAAAGAUUCUGGUGCAUCUGCACUUAACGUUAUCUAUGAGAGGGCUCUGAAAGAAUUGCCUGGCAGUUACAAGUUAUGGUACAGCUACCUGAAGCUGCGCCGACUUCAGGUGCGUGGAAUGUGCAUCACAGAGCCUGCUUAUGAAGAUGUGAACAGUGCACACGAAAGAUCCCUCGUGUUUAUGCAUAAGAUGCCGAGGAUAUGGUUGGACUACUGUGAACUGUUGAUGAGCCAGGGUUUGAUCACUAGAACACGUCAAACGUUUGACAGAGCUCUUCGUGCUUUGCCGAUUACACAACAUCACAGGAUCUGGCCACUAUAUCUCAAGUUUGUACGCAUGUAUGAUCUCAAAGAAACAGCAGUGAGGGUGUAUAGAAGAUACCUUAAGUUGAGUAAGGAGAAUGCAGAAGAGUAUAUAGAAUACUUAAAGUCUAUUGGCUGGCUGGAUGAAGCUGCUCAGCGAUUGGCUGAUAUUAUCAAUGAUGACAGCUUUGUAUCUAAAGAAGGCAAGUCAAAACAUCAGUUAUGGAAUGAGCUUUGUGAUCUGAUUGCUAAGAAUCCUGACAAAGUGACGGCAAUGAACAUUGAACCGAUCAUUCGUCAGGGAUUAAAGAGAUACACCGACCAGAUUGGCGUGCUCUGGAAUUCCCUUGCUGAUUAUUAUAUUCGUGGUGGACAUUUUGAAAGGGCUCGGGAUAUUUAUGAGGAAGCAGUUCAGACUGUUAUAACAGUGAGAGAUUUCACGCAAGUAUUUGAUGCCUAUGCACAGUUUGAGAAAAAUCUGAUCAGUGCUAAGAUGGAAUCUAUGGAAGAAGAAGGACCUACAGAGGAAGAUGAUCUAGAUUUAGAGUUACGAUUGGCAAGACUUGAGUCACUGAUGGAUAGACGACCCCUUCUUCUAAACAGUGUUUUACUACGACAGAAUCCUCACAAUGUACAUGAGUGGCAUAAAAGAGUGAAACUGUAUGAGGGUAAACCUAGAGAGAUUAUAACUACAUACACAGAAGCUGUGCAAACAGUGGAUUCAAAAAUAGCCUCUGGUAAACCACAUACACUUUGGUGUGAGUUUGCAAAAUUUUAUGAGACAGCGGACCAAAUAGAAGAUGCAAGAAUAAUAUUUGACAAAGCCAUUAAAGUUCCGUAUAAACAUGUAGAUGAUUUAGCUUCUGUGUACUGUGAGUGGGCUGAGAUGGAAAUCAGACAUGAGAAUUAUGAAGCCUCUCUGAAGAUCAUGCAGAAAGCAACGACACCUCCUCCAAGGAAAGUUUCCUACCAUGAUGAGACAGAGACAGUUCAGUCCAGAGUUCACAAGUCACUUAAGGUGUGGUCCUUGUAUGCUGAUCUUGAAGAAAGCUUUGGAACAUUCAAGACUUGUAAAGCUGUAUAUGACAGAAUUAUCGAUCUGCGUAUAGCAACUCCUCAGAUUGUUAUGAACUAUGGUCUGUUUCUUGAAGAGAACAAUUAUUUUGAAGAAGCAUUCAAGGCGUAUGAGAAGGGUAUUGCAUUGUUCAGAUGGCCAAAUGUGUAUGAUCUGUGGAAUACUUACCUUACAAAAUUUAUAGACCGAUAUGGUGGAGAAAAAUUGGAGAGAUCCAGAGAUUUGUUUGAACAGUGUCUGGAGAAUUGCCCUGCCAAGUUUGCCAAAGCAAUUUAUUUGCUGUAUGCAAAACUAGAGGAAGAAUAUGGGCUGGCUCGGCACGCUAUGGCGGUAUACGACAGAGCAACUCAAGCUGUGUUACCAGAAGAACAAAAUGAGAUGUUUAACGUUUAUAUCAAACGCGCAGCAGAAUUAUAUGGUGUAACGUACACAAGACCUAUCUAUGAGAAAGCUAUAGAGGUUCUAAACCAUGACCAAGCCAGGGAGAUGUGUAUAAGAUUUGCUGAUUUGGAGCGUAAACUUGGUGAGAUUGACAGAGCUCGGGCAAUUUAUGCACAUUGUUCCCAGAUUUGUGAUCCAAGGUCAACAGCAGGUUUCUGGCAGACAUGGAAGGAAUUUGAAAUCAAACACGGCAAUGAGGAUACUGUUAGAGAAAUGUUGCGAAUCAAACGUAGUGUACAGGCAAUGUAUAACACACAGGUGAACUUCAUGUCCGCUCAAAUGUUGGCUGCAGCAACCUCGAAGGGAGAUAGCCAAGAAACAUCUGAGGCGAGUGAUGAGAUGCAGAAACUUGAGGAGAAGGCUAGACAGCUGGCAGAGGAAGCAAUGAAAGAUAAAAAUAAACCAGACAAAGGAAUAAUGUUUGUCAGGAGCAAUACAACAACUGAUGAGGAGCUGGGAGAGAUGACAAAGACGGUUAAUCCUGAUGAGAUUAACAUCGAUGAGGAUUACUCUACUGACGAAGAUGAAGAAGUGGAAGAAGUACAAGCUCAGACGGUACCUACAGAAGUUUUUGGAGGACUUGUUCAAGAAGAUGAUUAGAUUACUGAAGGGGGGAAAUAAAUAAACAUAUAUUGGAACAAUUGAUGCAUAAACUGUUUGUAAACUUUGUGAUCUAAUUUUGAAUAAAUGAAAAGGAAAUAUAAAAGAAUGAAAGUUUGGAAGGACCCCUGCACUAACUCAUGAAAUUAUGCAUGAAUAGAUGGAAAAAGGAAUAAUUUGUAUAAUGAAUAACAAAAGACAACAAAACACAAAGACACUCCCUAAACAAUGGGCACUGAAUGACGCUUUUUAGAUAUAACUUUUUUUUUCUUUCGUACAUUUAAAUAAAUGGCUUAUUAUUUGUUGCCAUGUCAUCGAGUAUAAAAUAAGUCGAUGAAGUUAAUAAAUAUCAUUUGGUUUACCUGUUGUCAAGACUAGCACAUGAUGCAGCAUGUUUAGUUCAAUUUACAUGUGUUUUUAUUUUAAGUUUAACUUUCUUUACUUUACAUCAACUAAAGACUUUGAAAUGUAUUCAGACUGAAUGAUUAUGAAUCUGACAAUUUGGCAACACGUCAGCUUUUGUUUAGAAAAAAAAAAACGAAUUUAUAUUGUCCUUUGUGUUUUAUAUGCUGAAUGUAUGAAAUCGAACUAAAG